AUGCACCCUGGCCAACCCCCGCAAGCCAGGGUGCAGGCCCAGGGCAGGCCAAGGUGCAGAUCCAGGGUGCAGGCCCAGGGCAGGCCAAGGUGCAGAUCCAGGGUGCAGGCCCAGGGCAGGCCAAGGUGCAGAUCCAGGGUGCAGGCCCAGGGUGCAGGCCCAGGGCAGGCCAAGGUGCAGAUCCAGGGUGCACGUCCAGGGUGCACGUCCAGGGUGCAGGCCCAGGGCAGGCCAAGGUGCAGAUCCAGGGUGCACGUCCAGGGUGCACGUCCAGGGUGCAGGCCAAGGUGCAGAUCCAGGGUGCACGUCCAGGGUGCAAGCCAAGGUGCAGAUCCAGGGUGCAGGCCCAGGGCAGGCCAAGGUGCAGAUCCAGGGUGCAGGUCCAGGGUGCAGGCCCAGGGUGCAGACCCAGGGCAGGCCAAGGUGCAGAUCCAGGGUGCACGUCCAGGGUGCAAGCCAAGGUGCAGAUCCAGGGUGCAGAUCCAGGGUGCACGUCCAGGGUGCAAGCCAAGGUGCAGAUCCAGGGUGCAGGCCAAGGUGCAGAUCCAGGGUUCAGGUCCAGGGUGCAGGCCCAGGGCAGGCCAAGGUGCAGAUCCAGGGUGCAGGUCCAGGGUGCAAGCCAAGGUGCAGAUCCAGGGUGCACGUCCAGGGUGCAAGCCAAGGUGCAGAUCCAGGGUGCAGGCCAAGGUGCAGAUCCAGGGUGCAGGCCCAGGGCAGGCCAAGGUGCAGAUCCAGGGUGCACGUCCAGGGUGCAAGCCAAGGUGCAGAUCCAGGGUGCAGAUCCAGGGUGCACGUCCAGGGUGCAAGCCAAGGUGCAGAUCCAGGGUGCACGUCCAGGGUGCAAGCCAAGGUGCAGAUCCAGGGUGCACGUCCAGGGUGCAAGCCAAGGUGCAGAUCCAGGGUGCACGUCCAGGGUGCAAGCCAAGGUGCAGAUCCAGGGUGCAGAUCCAGGGUGCACGUCCAGGGUGCAAGCCAAGGUGCAGAUCCAGGGUGCACGUCCAGGGUGCAAGCCAAGGUGCAGAUCCAGGGUGCAGGCCAAGGUGCAGAUCCAGGGUUCAGGUCCAGGGUGCAGGCCCAGGGCAGGCCAAGGUGCAGAUCCAGGGUGCAGGUCCAGGGUGCAAGCCAAGGUGCAGAUCCAGGGUGCAGGCCAAGGUGCAGAUCCAGGGUGCAGGCCAAGGUGCAGAUCCAGGGUGCAGGUCCAGGGUGCAGGCCAAGGUGCAGAUCCAGGGUGCACGCCCAGGGUGCAGGCCCAGGGCAGGCCAAGGUGCAGAACCAGGGUGCACGUCCAGGGUGCAGGCCCAGGGUGCAGACCCAGGGCAGGCCAAGGUGCAGAUCCAGGGAGCAGGUCCAGAGUGCAGGCCAGGGCAGGCCAAGGGAGUAAAUAAAGAUGCAAUCCCUAAACUGUUAAAGGGGAAACAGUCGUUCUGCUAUGAUUACUUGUCCUCUAUGAGUGUGUUGGAUGAACCACAGCUUCCUUCGCGUGAUCAGUUUUACAACACAUUGAAGGAUGAAGAGUUGUCAGAAAACGAUUACAAGCAGGCGAUAGAAAUUUUCGAUCUAGCUCAAUGUCGCAACAUUGGAGACUACCUACUUCUUUACCUCAAAGUAGAUACUGGGUUGUUGGCUGAUGUGUUCACUGUCUGA